UCAUCCUUUUCUUCCCAACUUCAUACACAAUGCCUCGACUCGACCACUCCCUCGAGUCCCGCAAGGACUACGACAGAUCACGAAGAAACGCAUACCCACCCACCGACCUCCAAAUCACCUCAUUCCGCAAAAUUGUUCGCAAAAGUAUCAGCUCAAUACAAUCACUUCAGUCACUCUCAUUAAGCAAAGAAAAGAAACCAUCUCGUUCAAAACCAGGAAAAAGUCGAGACAAACCCACCUCUUCCCAAACCCGUCCUUUACCCACCAACAUCUCCGACCUCCCCCCAUCCUCAAAACAACCCCAAUCCCCCCUCUUCCGCCUCACCCCAGAACUCCGCCAACAAAUCUACCGCCACGUCCUCGGAACCUCAAACAUCCACCUCACCCUCCGCCACGGCGGCCAGCUCCUGCGCCACACGCGCUGCAAAUGCCCCUCCUGCCCCGGCACCGUCAAGUACCGCGACCGCGUGCACCCCGCGUGGACCCUCGACUGGCACUGCGACAGUGCCACGUACGACUACGGCGGCGCGCUCGCAUCUCCGCAGCUGCUGCGCACCUGCCGUGCCGUGUAUGCUGAAGCGAUCGAGUUCCUCUACUCUGAGAACGUCUUCAGUUUCCGUUCGCAGAAGACGCUGGCGCGGUUUUUGGCUGACGUGGCGCCGGAGAAGCUGGCGCAUGUAAGAGUCGUGCAUCUCGACGUCGUGCCGUGUCAGAACGCGACGAGUCUGGGGUAUCAUCAUGAGAUGGAGUGCGCGUUCAGUGCGAUACGGGUGACGGCAAGGCUGCCUGGGUUGCGUGAGUUGGAGGUUAGGGCGCAUGCGGCGGAGAAGAGUGUGCAACCGGCUGGGGUGGGGUAUCAUCGGGAGGAUACGCUGCCGUAUCAGUUGCUAGCGGUAAGGAAGAGGGUGUUUGAGAGGGGAGGGCUGGAGGGGGCGACGCGGCUGAAGGUGUAUUUGCCGCCGGGAGUUGAUGCGAUGGUUAAGUGGAUGAGGGAGGAGGGGUCGUAUGAAGUGGGGGAGCUUGAGGAGUGGGAGUGGGCGAAGGGAAGGGAGUUGUAUCAGUGGAAGGUGGAGAGUGAGCCUGGGGGUUGUCGUUGAAGGGGAUGUCGUUGACCGCGGACGUCGUUGAACUGGGAUGCGUUGGGAUGGGAGUGAUGGGACUAAAGAUUCGAAAUGGGGAGUAUGAAACCAUAGUUUGUGGGUUGUUCCGUCGAGGUAGGCUGUAGAGCCUUCAUAGGAAGUCAUGACAUCGACAAGCGUAGAAUACAGACAGUGAUACCCCU